GAGACGUGUUGUAGUGGUAGAAGAAGUUAUAUAAAUUACUUAUGAGAUAGAUUAAUAUUUUAAUGGCGUGGGCGUAUACUUUUUUAAUUCACAUGUAUGCUUACUUUGUGUAAAGUAUGUCUUAUGUGCCGCAUAAGCAGGCAGCAGUGUAGCAUAAGCGUGGUACUGCUAGCCAUUUACCCAUCUUUAUUUAGGGAUUGGCGCUACAAGUUUGUUACCACAUCAGAUUGGUAGAUUUAGCUGUGAUGCUUCUUUUUGAGUACUGCACGUUUGCUUGGGCGUAGUGAGUUGUCAAGCGACGGCAUGAGUUUGUGCUCUUUCUCUGUUUACGCUAGUCUCAAAGUUUUAGAAGCAGUUUACACAAGCCGAAGCUAACGUCAACAUUGCUAUGGCGUGGAAAUCGAGAACUCGCAGCUUGCAAGUAUUUGAUACGGAGUUGAGUGCUGACACUGUUGAAUGGUGUCCCGUUCCUCAGUGGCACCAUAUUCUGACAUGUGGGACCUACCAGCUACAGAAGAACCAAGAUGGGACAGUUGGGGAGUCGGAUACACCAAGUAGGAUCGGUCGACUGUAUGUGUUCCGCUUUCAACAACAAGGAGCAUUAUGUCCACCUCUGACUGAACUCCAGCGCAUUGACACGCCAGCCAUUCUAGACGUGAAAUGGUGUCAUGUGCCCGUGUCUGGGCGGCCACUCUUGGGCAUGGCCACAGCCACUGGGGAACUCCAGCUCUACUCUCUGCAGGAUGCACAGGACGGCAGCAACAGUCUGGACAAAGUGUCAAGCACUGAGGUUGGGGCUGAAAGGCUGGCGCUCUCCUUAGACUGGUCGACCGGCAGGGGUGACAGCUCUGCCAUCCGCGUGGUGUGCAGUGACUCCAAGGGCUGUGUGAAUGUGCUGGGACUGACCGAGACCAGCUUGACGGCCCUGUCCCAAUGGAAGGCCCACGAUUUCGAAGCCUGGAUAGCUGCCUUCAGCUACUGGGACACACAGAUCAUUUACUCUGGUGGGGAUGACUGCAAACUGAAAGGCUGGGAUCUCAGGAUGGCCCCCUCGUGUCCCACCUUCACCAGCAAGAGUCACUCCAUGGGUGUAUGCAGCAUUCACAGCAAUCCACAUCGGGAACACAUACUAGCUACGGGCAGCUAUGACGAGCACGUGCUGCUGUGGGAUGGGCGUAACAUGCGUCGGCCGCUGAGUGAGAGCCCCAUGGGGGGAGGGGUCUGGCGCCUCAAGUGGCACCCCACCCACGAGCACCUGCUGCUGGCUGCCUGCAUGCACAACGACUUCCACAUACUCCACUGCCAAAAAGCCAUCGAGGGCAGUGACGGCCCGUGCCCCACGCUGGCCUCCUACGUCCUCCACAACUCGCUGGCCUACGGGGCCGACUGGUCCCAGGUGUCUCUGGACAGCCCUCCCCCGGCCUCCCCCCAGGAGUCGCAGCAGCCCGCCCAGCCACAGCUGACCCACGUGGGCGGUGGCCACCUCAGGAUCCAGUACGAGUCCCCGACGGCCAGUUUCGACACCUCCCUGGAGGACGAGAUGGGACGCUACAUCCCCGAGCCCCCCUCUCCUCCUCCGCAGCCGGACCCCCGUUCGGUUGCGGUGCCCCCCACCCCUGCCCUGGACUCUCCCUCCGUCUCCUGUCUGCUGGCCAGCUGCUCCUUCUAUGACCACAUGAUGCACGUGUGGCGCUGGGAUUGGUGUCCCAAAGAGGAGGAGGCGGUGGUGACGGAGGAGGUGACAUCAGCUGCCGCAGUAACGGCAACAGGGGACCUGGCUACCGGUGACACUGCUGCAGCCGCGGCCGGUCCGUGACGUACAUCCUUUAACACGCAGCGACAUCCCUGCUGAUAUGCAGUGGGUGGUGAUGGAAAGGCUACAAAUCAAAGCGAAAGACAAUUUCCUUGAUGCCUAGGCCAAUAACAACAAGGUUUAUGCCAGGCGUAGGAAUAGUCAUCCUUAAAAAGCAAGCGUAAAACAUAAUCUGUGCAAGGAGAAAUAUAAAAAAAGUGGUGAUCAUGUAGAGGUUCUGAAUCCAAACGUGAGACUUGCAACUUUCUGAUGGCGUAACAAGUUUGAUGCCAAGAUCGGCAAAUGUAAGCUCUUAAUUGAGGCUUUGGUUAGGUUCAUAUUAAACUGGCAAAUGGGCAAAACCAGGUAUUCCUGACAACCUCAGGCACUGUACAAGUCACAUUAGAAGAUGUAAAACAAGUAAUGAAUGUUACAAAAGACCAUAAGCAUUUCAUUUUUAUCAUGUGUCCAAGCAGAUGUAGCCCUGUGACACACAUGGGAUAGUGUUUGGUGGGCUGGAGUUGGACUUGUUGAAGGAGAUUCUUUAGACUGCCAAUAAGCUCCAAAUAAUAAACUUUAUUAUUUAAAAUGUUUUGAUGACACUGGAUCCCCAUCAGGCAUGCCUGAUGCCAAUCCAGGGUCAUCUUUCGAAGCGUUGCUUUUUAAAUAAUAAAGUUUAUUUUUUUGGAGCUUAUUGGCAGUGUGCAGACCUACCUUCUUCAACUGUCUGACAUUUUUGUCUGACACCUGCAAAAUGUGUUUUUGGAUAUGCGCACCCUACCCAAAACUACUGCAGUUGUACUUGCUCAUGUUCUCAGCGGAGUGCAUUACCAGCAAAAGGACUACUGCAGAUAUUUAAACAUGCACCGGUUAAGAUAUUUAAGAUUGCUCAUCACCAAAACAUGACAGUGUUCCCCAUGAUGCACGCUUUCAAAUGGCCAGGAAGGCAACGAAAUUGAAGGAUGUAACAAAGGUGACAAUGUCUUCCUAUUUAUUAUUUAACCAGUUGUUUGUUUUUGCAAACACCAAAACUUUGUUCAACAGUUAUACAACGUCUGUAUUUAAGACUGCCAAGGCAAUAAAAAGAUUUGUUACACUUCA